GUUUCAUGUUUCCAUGAAAGAGAGAAACGAAGCGUUUUCCCGAAAAGUUGAGGGCGUAAGAACUGUCUGAAGUUAAAGAACUAUAGUCUAGGCAUACAUGCAGUUGUAUUUUCAAGUUAUAUAUGACGAGGCUUCCUGUUGCCUGUAACGAAUACGGUAUUUGCACAUUGGAGUAAGUUACGUUUUAUCGAUUUCGAAAACCGGAGUCGUUUGUUCUGUAGAUUGUCGGUGAAUCCUUCAACAGGAACUAUCAACGAAGUGUUUUUAAACAAAGUAACAAGACUGUAAAAAAUAGCAUGUCAGUCUGUGCCAAAAAGUUGGAUAAGGACGAUUUAGAGUCCUCACCAACUCCGACCACAAACUCAAUGUCUAAAAACGGAGAUAACGGGGACAUCGUGGUUAAUACCAGGGCGGAGUGCAGCGUUUGUAAACGUUUAUAUCGCGAUCCUAAGAUUCUGCCAUGUUUACACACCUUCUGCGCAGACUGCGUCCGGCAACUGGAACCGUUUUCCGUGUUGUCACGCGUGAACAAUAGCAAAGCUGCUCCUUCAGAACGCGAGCCGCGCUCUUCUGCGGUCACCGUGCUCUGUCCGGAGUGUGACUCCGAGGUGGAUAUCCCGUUAUCCGGGGUGGACGGUCUGACCACUGACCACUUGGCCCUGGAUGAAGUUUUCUUUCAGACGUUGAUGACCGAGAACAAUGUGUUAUGCGACCUGUGCAGCGACGGGGACGCAGAGAAGCGUUGCGAGGUGUGCUGUGUCAACCUCUGCGAGUUUUGUUGCCAAGCACACAGGAGACAGAAGAGGACGUCGUCUCAUACCGUCCAGUGUUUGGAAAGCCUGAAGACCCAGGGUCGUCUCUCUCGGCCCGUUCUCUGCUCCCUCCACCCAGGCCAGGAGCUGCGUCUGUUCUGUGAGUCCUGCGACCUGCCCAUCUGUCUGGAGUGUGCCGCCACUUACCACCGCGACCACCGCUGCCGUUCGACACGUGACGUGAUUGCCCGCCACGGGGACCGUAUCCGGGAGAUGGUUACCGGGCGCCUGCGGCCAAGGCUGGUCCGACUGGAGGAGUCGCUGCGAAAGGUCGACCAAUCCCAGGACGCGUUGCAGGCCAGGGUGGACGCGGUGGCGGACGAGGUGCGCUCCUUUGCACGGGGCUACGCCUGCGCUGUGGAGUCCCACUGCUUGUCGCUGCUACGGCGCCUAGAGGAGCUACGCGUUCAGCGCAGGAACCAACUCCACCUACAGGGGGCGCAGCUGCAGCAGGCCCUGACGGACGCCCGUGGCGGGGUGGAGUUUGCCGAGCGGCUGCUGACGCGCGGGUCAGACGCGGAAAUCCUCAGCGCAAAGGGCGUGACCCUCCGCAGGCUGACCGCCUUGGUGGAGAGCGGCUAUGACCCCAACCUAGCAACCGUUGCACCUGACGACGGGAGCAGUAUCUGCUUCCUGCCACAGGAGGGUGCGGGGGAGUUGGGGGGCUACCCCGUGGUGGGAGUGAUUCACUUCAAGAGCCUGGAGCUCAGCAGGUGCACCAUCGAGGGGGAAGGCCUGCAGCAAGGCCGGGAGGGCCAGAGAGGGGAGUUCAACCUGGUGUGUAGAGACUCCGCGGGCGAGCCGAUGGGUCGAGGAGGGGAAGCUGUCCUGGUCAGCAUGGUCCACAAGGAGAAGAAAGACUGCAGAGUGGAGGCGACGGUGGUGGAUAACGGCGAUGGCUCCUACGCUGUGUCUUUCACUCCCGUGGAGCCAGGGCUCUACUCUGUGUGGGUGUGCAUCAAGGCCCAACAUGUUAAGGGUUCCCCGUUCGUCCUGAAUGUGAAGAGGAAGGUCCGGCGGCACCGCGGAACUUUCCACUGUUGUUCCUUCUGUUCCAGUGGGGGUUCUAAAGAGGCCCGCUGUGGCUGCCCCGGUUCCAUGCCAGGUGGGGUUGUAGAGUUAACCAGACCACACGGCCAGUCUUUAGGAGGCUUCCAGGGUUGUGGUCACGGCCAUAAGGGCCACCCAGGUAAGCCCCACUGGUCGUGCUGUGGAAGCGUGGAGGAGGCCUCAGAGUGCCUGCCCCAGAGUGUGAUAACUGCAGUGGGGGGAACGGUAACAACAGCCGGAGGGAGAGGGUCAAGCUCGCCCAGGGGCCAUCUCAGGACAGUGGAGAUCUGAGGGACUGGAGGCGGAUACUCCUAUACAUCACUGUCAUAUAGGGGUCUAUGACUAUCAACCCUUUUCUGGUAAUUAACAAAGUAAUUACCAGAAAAGCGGGGCCGUAAGGAAUUUAUCACAAAAACAAAACUUUGAAGGGAGCAAUAUUACCUAAAACCGUUACUGAUCUGUAAUUUCUGUUGUUUUGCCUGUACAUGUUCAUUGGCAUCACCAAGUAAACACCUGUGCCUUAAUGUAUUUGAAACAUCAAUGUCUUAAAUCAUAAAUAAAUAACACAAGUGUCACCUUAUUCUGUAUCCGAACCAUGUCAAAAGUUUUGAGUGUCUUUAAAAAAAAAUAAAAAAAUAUGUUAAAGCAUUUCCUAUUUUACUGGAAAUGGAAGUGGUGAAAGACAGUGGGCCCAACUUGAA